GGAGAGUCACCGUCAAGGUCACCUGAUGAAAAUCAAGACCGUGUGUCGAUAAUCAGAGAAUUUAAAUCCAACCGUUGGUGACUAGGGGAGGGAGGGUCCUCUCUAUAAACAUAUAGUUACAGACUUCUCUUCCCAGGGAUUCAUUUCUCGUGUUUACCAAUAAGCCACCCUUUUUCUUCUCUUCAUUCUUCGUUCACAAACAAGACAUUUCAAUUCGGCAAGGUUUUGUUUUUUUUUUCUUUCUAGUUCCUCGGGAAAGUGGGAAUUCGGGCGACGUAUAUAAAUCCGGUUAAAACCCAUGGCUGGUCAUAGGUUUGACGUCGCAUGGAUCUUCUCUUUGUUAGCUUUCUUCUUCUUUCGAGCCCAUUGUUUCUACCUCCCUGGCGUUGCCCCUGAAGAUUUCCAAAAGGGGAGUCAAUUGUUGGUGAAAGUGAAUAAGCUGACUUCAACAAAAACACAACUUCCUUAUUCCUAUUAUUUCCUACCCUUUUGUCAGCCUGAGCAUAUAGUUGACAGUGCAGAGAAUCUUGGGGAAGUCCUUCGUGGUGAUCGAAUUGAAAACUCUCCUUAUGUGUUCAAAAUGGGAGAACCGCAAAUGUGCAAUAUUGUGUGUCGAAAAAUUCUUGAUAAAAAAGUUGCAAAGGCAUUCAAGGAGAAGAUCGAUGAUGAGUAUCGAGUUAACAUGAUUUUGGAUAACCUUCCACUGGUUGUUCCUAUAAGGAGGCCUGAUCGGGAAAAUGCUGUAGUGUAUCAGUAUGGAUAUCAUGUUGGUCUCAGAGGAAAGUAUGCGGGGAGCAAGGAAGAAAAACAUUUUAUAAACAAUCACUUGACAUUUACAGUCAAGUAUCACAAGGAUCCAUUGUCAGACUCUGCAAGGAUUGUUGGAUUUGAGGUCAAACCAUUCAGUGUUAAACAUGAAUAUGAGGGUGAGUGGAAUGAGAAGACUCGUCUGACAACUUGUGAUCCCCAUGCAAAACGUGCAGUUACUACUUCUGAAUCUCCUCAAGAGGUUGAAGAGAAUAAGGAGAUCAUAUUUACUUAUGAUGUUGAGUUCCAGGAAAGUGAUAUAAAGUGGGCAUCCCGAUGGGAUACCUAUCUUCUAAUGGCUGAUGAUCAGAUCCAUUGGUUCUCAAUUGUUAAUUCUUUGAUGAUUGUAAUUUUCCUCUCAGGGAUGGUGGCUAUGAUCAUGUUACGAACUCUUUAUCGGGAUAUCUCCAAGUACAACCAACUCGAAACUCAAGAAGAAGCACAAGAGGAGACAGGGUGGAAACUGGUCCAUGGAGAUGUUUUUAGGCCUCCAACAAAUUCUGACUUACUCUGUGUGUAUGUUGGAACAGGGGUUCAAUUUUGUGGUAUGAUUAUUGUUACCAUGAUCUUUGCUCUCCUUGGUUUCCUAUCCCCUUCAAAUAGGGGUGGGUUAAUAACAGCCAUGCUUCUACUCUGGGUCUUCAUGGGCCUGUUUGCUGGAUAUUCCUCGGCUCGUCUCUGUAAGCUGUUCAAGGGAACCAAAUGGAAGAAAGUUACACUCAAAACAGCAUUUAUGUUUCCUGCAACAGUGUUUGCUAUAUUCUUUGUCCUGAAUGCUCUGAUAUGGGGCCAGAAGUCUUCAGGGGCAGUACCAUUUGGAACCAUGUUUGCAUUGGUAUUGUUGUGGUUUGGCAUCUCAGUCCCACUUGUUUACGUGGGUAGUUAUUUUGGUUUUAAGAAGCCAGCAAUAGAGGACCCAGUGAAAACUAAUAAGAUCCCUAGGCAAAUUCCAGAGCAGGCUUGGUACAUGAACCCAGCCUUCUCCAUCCUACUUGGGGGCAUACUUCCAUUCGGGGCUGUUUUUAUUGAGCUCUUUUUCAUCCUCACUUCAAUAUGGUUGCAUCAGUUCUAUUAUAUAUUUGGCUUCCUUUUCAUUGUCUUUGUCAUUCUUAUUGUCACUUGUGCCGAAAUCACAGUAGUACUCUGCUACUUCCAGCUAUGCAGUGAGGAUUACCGAUGGUGGUGGCGGUCAUACUUGACUUCGGGUUCUUCAGCACUCUACUUAUUCCUCUAUGCUGCUUUCUACUUCUUUACGAAGCUCGAGAUCACAAAGCCAGUAUCUGGGGUUUUAUACUUUGGUUAUAUGUUGAUAGUAUCGUAUGCAUUCUUCGUGCUCACUGGUACAAUCGGUUUCUAUGCUUGCUUCUGGUUCACAAGGCUCAUCUACUCGUCUGUGAAGAUUGAUUGAUCUGAUAUUGCAACUUAAGAAAAACUGCUAGUCCGUUUCACUACAAGGAUGUUCAAAUUAUCCGAUAUAGAAUCAGAAAUUCAGGACAUCCCCAUUUGGUUCGAGUUUUGAAUCUUUGAUCAUAAAACUGUUAGUUUUCUUAAACUUCUCCAUACAGGUUCCUUGGCUGUUUCUAGUUAUGUUUAUUUGCUAAUUGGUUCCACUAAUUUACUGUAUUGUAUGAGACCCUUGAGAAACUGUUGAGCAAAAAUUGAAGCAUCCAUGUAUUCACAAGCACAAUAGUGCUUU